AUGCUCGCCGUUAGUACAGAAAAGGUGGUGGGUGGGAGAACCGUCCAUCUCACGCCCGUCGCCCACCACCACCACCUUCACUCCACCAAAUCCAGGAACCAAGUCGAGUUAUUGACAACGCCAGCGUCUCAUACCCAGACCGAGCCCGUCCGCAUCAACACCAAUACUGUCCCGCAGCCAUUUCUAGAUGUAGCCCUGCUUCAAAAGGAGUCGUCUACUCGUCAGGCACAUCAAUUGCCGUUCAACUGCUCAGAUAAGCGAAGGCAGAGACACGAAUGCAUGAGCGUGGUGAGCACAAGAAUCCAGCUGCCGUCGAAACGGGUUUCCUCCCGGCCUCUCGUGGUACAGGUUGCCCCUCCUAUGCCCAACCAGUUCAGUGGGGGCAACUAUCUGUUCCACGCGCGUGGCUAUUUCCAACCUACCAGAUUGCCAGACCAUCACUCAUUUGGAGUCAUCGCUGGUCAAAAGACCGAAUAA